UCCGUAGAUCGUGUGGGAGCAGGGAAGCAGACAACGAAUGCGACUACGAUCGCUUACGAAACCUUGCAACGUCAACGUGUAACGAAAUUUUUCCUUUCGAAUACUUCUAGUGUUUUUUUUCGAAGGUAUAUCAAAAACACGGUUAUAUGAUAAAAAGGUUGAUCGAAUUCGAAGUGCAAUCGGACAGUGACAGUGUCUACGGCGUGUUCGAAAACGUGAUAGGUGUGACUGCGCAGUCGCCAUGUGCAGCAAAUUGAAAAGAUUAAAAGUGAUAUCUUAAUAAGAAAUAUCUAUACAAUGGCAAGGAAAAAAGACAUAGAAUCAGCGAGUGUAUAAUAGGAGGAAGAAUACUUCUUUGUAUAAAGGAAGUUCAACUUCGAAUCAUAAAAAGGUGCGAGAAAACAUGACAGAUGUUAAGUCAAUUGGAAUCUCCCAAAAUCAAUCGCAACAAACACAACAGUCGCAGCAACAGCCACAACAGCAGCAACAGCAACAACCACAAUCACAACCGCCGCAGCAGCAACAACAAUCUCAACCGCAACAAAUGAUGAUCGCUACUCAUGAUAUCCAACAACAGCAAAAUGUACAACCGCAACAACAGCAUGUUCAACAACAGUCUUCGCAGUCGCAACAAGUACAACAACAAGCACAGCAACAAGUACAGUCUCAACAAGUACAGCCACAGCAACAAAUGCAGCAACAGGUGCAAUCGCAACAGCAAAUGCAAGUUCAACAAGUACAACAACAAGUUCAGCAACAACAGCAGCAACAAGUUCAGCAACAACAGCAGCAGCAGCAGCAGCAGCAGCAACAACCGUCUCAGCAACAACAAUCUAAUAACGGACCUCAUAAUGUUGUUCCUACUCAAGUGCAAGUGCAACCACAGGUAGCAGCGAUCAUGCCGCAACAACAGGGCGCUGUUGCUGUAUCGAUGCAACACCAGCAACAGGGAGUCGGAGGUGUGUCUAUGACUUUGUCUGGGCAACAAGGAGCAACGACCAUAACUACAAUGGCUGCGCAUCCCCAAGCAGUACAAGUCAUUCAACAACCUAUGCAAAAUCAAGCAUAUCAUUUACAACAGUUGUAUAAUACUCAAGGAACUCCGUUAUUAAUGCCAGGAAAUUUAGCGCUUCAUCCAGCAGGCAUUAAUCCUAAUUCUAUACAGGACACAUUACAGGUUAUAACAGCUGGAAAACCGUUUCAAUCGGCUGCUCAGUUGACGCCACAUAUGUUAACUACCGCAUCAACGGCAGGUCAAGGCGGAGGACACCCUGCAGCUGGUGGGACUAAAGUACAAGGCUUUCCUACCGGUUACUUACCGGUACCUACUUCCGCUACACCUGGUGCAGGACAAACUUUAGUAUUUGGACAACUUGGUGUAUUAGGUUCUCCACAACCACCUCCCUCUAUACAACAACAGCAACAACAGCAAUCUGCAGCUAAACAAGAUCAAGUACAAAAGUAUACUACGUGUACAGCGGCUACACCAUCCGGCGGAAGAGGUGGCAUGCAGUUUGCUCCUUGGCAAUUUACGCCACAAGUUGCUUGGGCUGGAAUACAACCACCAACGCUUCUUACUAAUCAGAUAUUCAUUAGAGGUCCUACUCAACCUGAUAUGUUCAUACAAAGUCCACAACCGAUUCAAGCUCAUAAUGCACUGGCUACACAGCAACAAAUUCAGGGCGUACAACAAAUUGCUGCAGCUAGUGGUAAACCAAAGGUAAUGGAUAUACAACAGCAGCAGCAGCAACAGGGUAAGCAGAGCACAAGUGGACAACGACCUUUGAGUAUUUUACCGUCCUCUCUGCAUGCAGUACAAGCUGCUAAUAUUCGGGCUGCAAGUUCGGUUUCUACACAAACUGUUCAUGGAGUACAAGCCACGGUACAUGCACAGAGUGGAAAAGGAAGCGGUAGUAGCGGUAAAGGCCGUACUAAACCACUGCAAUCACCGCAACAACCGCAACAGUCACAGCAAACGAUGCAACAACAACAUCAACAGGUUUUUAUCCAACAGAAACAGCACCCGCAACAGCAGCAACAGAUGCAGCAACAGUACCAACAACAACAAGUGCAGCCGUCGCAACAGCAAAUACAGCCAAAACCCAUAAUGACAAACAUGGCUUUACAACAACCGCAACAACCAGGCGUAGUUCUUGGUGGUGAACGACCAAUAAUGCCAGUAGUAUCGGUAGGAGGAGUUGGAGUUACUACAUCUCAAAUGAAUCAAAUACCACAAUCGCCCAUGCCUACUAUACAGCAGUUACCGUUGCAGGCAAUCAAUUCGACAAUAAUUGGUAACCAGAUAGUUAGUGGAACUUCGCAAGUUCAGACGAUGUCUAUGGUAAAUCAGUCAACGGAUCAGCAAACACACGAUAACACCUCUACAAUAAUGAUUACCUCACCGGAUCGUAGUCAUCAAACUGAAUGUUCCUUAGUAUUGCCAGCUGCUGCAAGUACACCACUUGCGAACGAAGAAAAUUCUAAACAAGUUUUGAAAAAAGAAGACACGAUACCAAUUUCUAUAGAAGAAGUUGCCGUACCUCAACCGGAAAUUACAGAUGGGGACCAAUGUAAAGUACCUAUAAAGGAAGAAGAAAAUUCACCUACAAAAACAGACGAGAAAUCGUGUAACAAUCCUUUGGCAGGGUUAGCAAAUACAAUUAAUUCUAUCACUAAUGGCGUUACUGGUGAAGAAUCUGCAACGGUUCCGGUUUCUGUACCAGUUACUGCGAACAGUAAACAUGUGCCUCCAAAAGCUAUGGUCAAACCACAAGUCCUUACACACGUAAUCGAAGGCUUUGUCAUACAAGAAGCAUCUGAACCAUUUGCUGUUAAUCGUACAUCGUUAAAUAAUACAGUUAAUCAAGAUUCGAGUAAUAUUCUAAAUCGUAGUAAUAACAAUUCAUCGUCCGAAAAGGAGAAUCACGAUGAACCUCCGAGAAAAAAACAUGCGCCCAAUUAUCCCAACGACGAUGAUACAAAUAAUAUUCAAAUUGGGAAAUGUGAAGGUUGUGGAAAUUUAAUAGACGAACAAAACAUUAAGUUAAAGAAAGAAAAGAGAUUUUGUUCCUCUGGUUGUGCAAAGAGCAAAAAGCGCGAGAGAGACCGCGACGGUGUUGAGAAACAGUGGACUGAAAUAGAGACUGAUUCGAAAAACGAGGGAGACACGAUGAAAAAGAACGGAGAAGAAAAAUCAUUAUCGACUACAACAACAACUUCUUCCGUUGACGAUACACUGCCGAAAAUUAAUCCUGUGAAAUGGACGGUCGGUGAAGUAUGUGAUUUUAUACGUGGUUUACCGGGUUGUGCCGAUUACGCAGAAGAUUUUGCUAUUCAAGAAAUAGAUGGCCAAGCACUUAUGUUGCUCAAAGAAGACCAUCUUAUGUCAGCAAUGAGCAUUAAAUUAGGUCCUGCAUUGAAAAUCGUUGCCAGAAUCGAUUCGAUGCGCGUAGAAUCAUUAUCAAACUCUAAUCCUACGUCUAAUAGCUCGUAAAUGUUUUAACGAUUUAAGACUUUUACCCUCUCAAAAUUUCAAGUUGCAGCCUAUGGGCUACAGGGUUUGUGCAAGUAUUCAGAUUAUAGAGUUAAGAUUUAAAAAAAAAAAAAAGAAACAUUAGAUGUUUUUAUAUAAAUACAUAAUUUUCCUCUGUUCCAUUUAAUUUAAUGAAGAUCUUCCUUUUCGAAUAGAAAAAAAUACGCUGAUUAUUCGAUUUUAAUAUUCUAAAUUGUAUUAGCAUAAUUUCAAGAUCGAUCUAUGUAAGACUAUAAAUUUCGUACUAUCUUUUAGUACAUAAAAUAAUUUUAUUGACAUUUUGAAUAAAAGCGUAGCUAUUAUUUAAUUUUUUUAAAUUUUUGUAUUUUUUGAUUUAACCAUAUUGACAACAUGCUUCACUGCGGUAAGUCUUACACCGAUUGAUUUUUUCAAAUGUAAAUAGAAAUAAAUUUAUUAGGUUGUUUUAUUUUAAAAUCUAAGUACAAUAUUAUUUUCAAAAGUUUAAUCUAAAAUACCGUUCAUUGGAUAGAAUGAUCAAGAAACUGAGUACAAAUUAUGUCCAUUACACAAGAAAAGAUAAAAAGUAUCUUGUUGUAUAUAAACUAUCUGGCGUAUAUGCAUAUGAUGUAUUUUGUACUCGAAAAAUUACUUUUGGAAGCUGUACAAAAACCAUUGCCUUUUGUGAGACUUACAAUAAUCUCGACAAAAUUCAGCAUUUUUAAAAUGUUAGCCUUUAUGACAAAUAUGUAGUGAUUUAUGUGCACAACAAUUUCAAAUUGAGUCAUAAGACAUCUGAAGCAAUGCAAUUAACUCUUGACCAUAUAUUUUGUAAAUUUAUCAUGUGCACACAACUUGCAUACGUGUAAAUAUUAAACAUAGAAUGUUUAUUUAAUAUACAAAUUUUAUAAUAUGAAACUUUAGUUAUUAACAAACAUUAUCCUCCUAUUUAUAUAGUAACUGAGUUUUAAUUAAGGUAAUUACUAAUUUUAAGAGGAAAUAAAUAAAUAUAUAUAUAUAUAUAUAUAUAUACGCACAUACAUACAUACAUAUAUAUAUAUAUAUAUAUAUAAAACUUCCGUUAUUUGUACAAAGUACUACGGUGGUGUUGAGUGAAAAGUAGAACAGUACUCUCAGUUUAAUGUGAUACUUUGUGGAUGUGAAAUGUGUUCAAUGAAAUGAAAAGAAGUAUGAGUAUGUUAUUUGUAUCGUUACUAAGUCUUUGCAGUUAUCAGCGAUGUAAAUACAACAUUUAAUCUAUAAGCAUUUAUUCGAUAGAAUUAUUUAAUUUUAUACUUAUAACUCAUAGAUUGAUAACUAUCCGAUUCGAUUAAAAAAGAAAAAAGGUUUUAAUGAAGAAAAUACUUGUAUCUAUGAAAUGUGCAGUACUUUCGUAUUCCUUGUACUUAAUAUUCAUUUAAAAUAAUAAAAACAUUUAAAACAACCUUAUAACAUAAAUUCUGGCUUAAAAUGCACUAGGUGUAAAAAUAUAAUAUGAAGCACAUUUCUCUUUUGCCAAAUUUCAAAAAUUACUCAGGGCUUAGUCUUAUGAUAUACUUUUUUGUACUAACAUAGAUGGCACUUGAUCAGCAAUUAUGUAUUGUGAUUUCUUGAAUAAAAUAAAGCAAAAAUAUCAACAAAAUAGUAGAAUUACACGUGUUUUCUGUAGCAUUUAUGUUCGAAGUUGACACUAUUAUAUUUUGUAAACUAACAUAGAACUCUAAUGUUUGCUACACACAAAAAAAAAAAAUGUGAAGG